AUGCGUACUUUACAUAAACGCUGGACAUGGUCCCUCCUCGCUCUUUUGUCUUGGGACUCACUCAUCACCCUCACAAGAGCAACUUCUUCCGUCAAUGUUGCUCUACAGACCUCCUUCUCGGCCGGUCCAUAUCUGGUCGAGUUGCUAGAAACGGCUGCUCUUGAGAACUCGUCGUCCUACUUCCCUCUUCUCGACCGCAUCGCCGAUGGUACCUUUACAGAUUUGCAAACGGAACAAGAGCUGUAUACUAAAUUCCUCGACGUCGUGCAGAAUGAUGGGCACCUUUCCACUCCGGAGUCUGUGUCUUCCUUCAAGUUCGCCCUUGCCCUUCAUGCUGCAGCACCAAGGGUCGAAGCUCAUUUCCAAUACUACAACACUUCUGUUCAACCGCACCUGAUGGCUGCUCAGGAUGCCGUCUGCCCCGUUUGGGUCUAUUUGGAUGGCCAGCAAUUUUGCUCGCCUACCUUGGAUCGUGCUCAGCAGAUGGUCUCUAUUCCGGAUACUGUGAAUGAUCUCCCGUUUGAUCGGGUCCUCGGUGCUUCAUCUGAUGGACCUUCGUCUAUCCUCUAUGCAGACAUCACGCACCCCUUGUUCGGGCAGUUCCACAGUGUCGUCAGUCAGACGGCCCGCGAAGGAAAGUCUACAUACAGAGUACGGUACAGACCUUCAACGAUAGUCUCUAGUAGACCGAUCUAUGUUACAGGCUAUGGCGUGGAGCUCGUUUUGAAGCGCACAGACUACAUCGUUAUUGACGACCGGGAUGCCCAAAAGACGGGAGAUUCGACGCCGGAACAACUAUCGUUGGAGACCAAGGAUGAUGAGAUCAAAGAUCUGAAGCCCCUAACCACUUCAGAAGUGGCCAAGCUAGGCAUCAAUGCUGCUAGCUUCAUUCUCUCAAGCUCGAGCCCUCUGGAUACUCUAUUACAGGUCACUUCGGAUUUCCCCAAAUACUCUUCUCUCCUCGCCUCGGUAAAUGCCAGCAAAGAGUUCGUUCUCGAACACAGGGCAAAUAGAGAUCGAUUCCUACCAUCGGGAUACAAUGUCUUGUGGAUCAAUGGUGUGCAGAUUGAGCCUCGACAGAUGAAUGCCUACUCUCUUCUCGACCAUUUGCGAAGAGAAAGGCGUAUUAUCGCCGAGCUCAAGAGUCUGGGUUUGGCAUCGUCAGAAGCCAUUAGCCUCCUCUCAAGUGAGAUCAUCGCCGAAGCACAAGCUAAUGAAACUCCUCAGCGAUUCGACUGGCGCGAUGAUUCUGAAGCCGGUGGCGUCUUGAUGUGGCUGAAUGAUCUGGAACAAGAUAAACGAUAUGCUGGUUGGUCGUCCUCUCUGCGGUCUUUGUUCCAAAGAACAUAUCCCGGGCAACUUCCCCAAGUAUCUCGUGAUAUACAUAAUCUCAUCGUGCCGAUCGACAUGGGCAAUAUGAAAGACAUUGAACUGGUCACCACAUCACUACAGAGUCUCGUCCGGCGACAAGUUCCCAUCAGAAUUGCUCUGAUCCCCACUGGUGAAGGGGAAACAGCGGACACAUACUCAAAAGUCGCAUAUCACAUUUCAGAUACCUAUGGUUUAACUGCUCUGAUGAGCUUCUUCUCCGAUAUUGUCGCUGCAAAAAGGAUAGAUACAAGUCCUGAGAAAAGCUUCAAGACUGCCAUCAGGGGUCGAGCUACAAGGGAAGGAAAAGAGCCGUUAGCCUUUCACAAGGUAUUGAACGACGAAAGCCUAGGUCUACGACUGCAAGCACGAGAUGAAUACAUGAAACGUUUGGCACUUGCACGGCCCAAUCCUCCCUUACUCGUCAACGGAGUGGUUAUACCGAGGACGGAUAACUGGUUUGAGCUUUUGAGUGCUCGGUUGUAUGCAGAUCUUCAGCUGGUACAGCAAGCAGUGUUUCAAGAAGCCAUCUUGGAAGAAUCUUGGGUUCCUGAGUUCUUCCUCUUCCAAGCUGUCAAACGGCGCAAUGAGAUGGUCUUUCCGGAUAACGCCAAAGAUGUUGAAAUUGUUGAUGUUGGCCAAAUAGCCGUUGACUUCGCCGACAGCUUUGCACGCCUGCCUCGCCUGGCUGGGGCAGAAGCGACAUUGUUGAGCGACCGUGCUCACCUUCUUGUUGUUGUCGACCUUGAAUCCGAGACUGGCCGGACCUUGCUUUCGGAAGCGCUACUGUUCCACCAGCGAAAUCCUGAGAUAGAAAUGCUCAUCAUUCACAACCCUGGUCCUGAAUCACAAAUCUCAAGUUUUGCCCGUGGUCUCUACGCGCUCUUACAGGAGGACGGUCGCGACCUGACAGUCGAUAGCCUCGAGCAGUUACUCAAGGGCGAUCUGAGCUCUUCUGCGGAUGAUCUGACAGACGCAUCGGCCGAGUUUUGGAGUUCUCAUGCAGAUUUACUCCAGACGUUAUCAUUUUCAGAAGGCCAAAAUGGGCUGUGGCUCAACGGGCGUCUCUUAGGACCCCUUGACCAAGGUUUCACCUCUGUCGACUUCGAGGCGUUGCUUGAGUUCGAAAGGAGAGAACGAAUAGCACCGGUUACGACAGCCAUCACUGGACUUGCGCUGGAAGACCGAUUUACCGGGGCUCUCGACCUCGCAAAGAUUACCUCGCUUGUUGCUCGAUCUUUGAAGAUGGAACGCUUCAAAUUCUGGAAUGGCACUCAUACGUCUAUUAAGAUAUCGAACUCGGACGACAUUAAUAUUCAGAUUGUGGCCUCGAUUGAUCCCGCCUCUGAGCUGGUUCAACAGUGGGUUCCGAUUUUGGAGAGCCUGUCACGGCUGAAUGGAGUGAGCGUGCAGAUCUUCUUGAACCCGAAAGACAGAAUGACCGAGCUGCCAGUCAAACGGUUUUUCCGGCAAGUCAUUAGUGCAGAGCCCAGUUUCGACUCCCAUGGUUCCCUAUCCAUCCCCAAUGCAUCGUUCAGUGGUAUCCCCAAGGAUACGCUCUUCAACCUAGGAAUGGUUGUGCCUCCAUCAUGGUUGGUGGCGCCCAAGAUAUCCAUCCAUGAUUUAGACAAUAUCAGGCUCAGUAACCUAGCCGAGGGCGAGAAUAUCGACGCUGUCUAUGAGCUUGAGCACAUUCUCAUUGAAGGCCAUGCAAGGGACGUGACUAGUGGUCCACCACCUCGUGGCGUGCAACUACUGCUGGGAACUGAGGACGAGCCUCAUUUUACAGACACCAUCGUCAUGGCCAAUUUGGGAUACUUCCAAUUCAAAGCCAAUCCUGGAUACUGGCAAAUUUCAUUGAAACCAGGGAGAUCAUCAAAGAUCUUCAACAUUGAUAGUGUUGGUCCCCAUGGUUACUCUGCUCAGCCGGGCGACGAGACCACAUCAGUCGCUUUGCUCUCCUUCCAAGGGCUGACUUUAUUCCCUCGGCUUUCCCGAAAACCCGGUAUGGAAGAAGAAGAUGUCCUGGAGUCAUCUGCGCUUGGAGGUGCCAUGGACUACCUUAACAAGGGAGCUUCCUUCGCAUCUUCAGCACUUUCCUCGCUGGGCUUCAAGAAGACGUCUUCGAACGCCGACAUCAACAUCUUCUCAGUGGCUUCGGGCCACCUUUACGAAAGGAUGUUGAAUAUCAUGAUGGUGUCGGUCAUGAAGCACACGAAACACAGCGUCAAGUUCUGGUUCAUUGAACAAUUCCUGUCACCAUCGUUCAAGAGUACUCUGCCCAUACUUGCAGAACACUACGGCUUCGACUACGAGAUGGUGACUUAUAAAUGGCCUCACUGGCUUCGAGGUCAGAAGGAGAAGCAGCGGGAAAUUUGGGGCUACAAGAUCUUGUUCUUGGACGUGCUCUUUCCACUGGAUCUAGACAAAGUCAUCUUCGUGGAUGCUGACCAAAUCGUGCGCACAGACAUGAUGGAAUUGAACAAAGUGGACCUGAAGGGAGCUCCUUACGGCUUCACGCCCAUGUGCGACUCUCGCACCGAGAUGGAAGGAUUCCGCUUUUGGAAACAAGGAUACUGGGAGACAUAUCUCCGAGGGAAACCCUACCACAUAUCGGCCCUCUAUGUGGUUGACCUCAAGAGAUUCCGUCAACUUGCCGCUGGCGAUCGCCUCCGACAACAGUACCAAGCACUGUCGGCUGACCCAGCCAGUCUCUCCAACCUGGACCAAGACCUGCCGAACCAUAUGCAACACAGUCUCCCCAUCCACAGUUUGUCUCAGGAAUGGUUGUGGUGUGAGACAUGGUGUGAUGACGCCAGCUUGGCCAAGGCCAAGACGAUUGAUUUAUGUAACAACCCACUCACGAAAGAACCCAAGUUGGACAGGGCGAAGAGGCAAGUGCCUGAAUGGACACUGUACGACGAGGAGAUUGCAGGAGUCAUUCGGGCGGCAAAGGAGCAGGCGUCGGCGGUCACGGACAACAGUGAGGGUUUGGAGGACGCUGCUGAUGGCGAAAACCUAGAAAAUGUUGAAAGUGAGCGUAUCCGGGAUGAAUUAUGA